AUGCUUCUUCCGCUGCAAGAGGGGAGGGGCAUUGCCAUCGACGCAGAGGAGUUUGGGGCUCUUGUGUCAAGAUGUGGCAGAUCCAAUGCCCUGGAAGCAGGCAAGCGCUUGCACGCUCUGAUCGCGCAGCUGCGAUUCCAUGGCCGACAUUCGCCUACCAGGAUCGGUAAUCUUCUCGUGGACAUGUAUGGCAAAUGCGGCAGCGCGCACGACGCGCGCACAGCAUUUGAUGCCAUCGCCGACAAGAACGUCUUCUCUUGGGGCUUCUUGAUCGCGGCCUAUGCUAGCACGGAUGAGAGAUUUAAGGUUCUUGGGGAGAUGUGCUUGGAGGGAGUGAAACCGGACAAGGUGGUGUUCCUUAGACUGGUGAGGUCUUGCUUGACGCUGGAGCAUGGCAACCUUGUUCGAUCGCUCCUCGAGGAGUGUGGGCUUAGCAGGGAUUUGCAGAUUGCCACAGAGCUUUUGAGGAUGUAUGGAUCACUGCAGGAAGGCCGAAUGGCUAGAAAUGUUUUUGAGAGUCUUGGACAGAAAGAUCUGGUGGCCUGGAACGCGAUGAUCGAUGCUCAUGCCCAGUGCGGGCAAUGCAAAGAGGCAUUUGCAAUUUACGAGAGGAUGCCUUUGCAAGCGGACAAAGUCACCUACACGACGCUUCUUUCAUGCUGUGACGAUCUGGGCGAUGGAGAAGAGAUACAUGCUUGUGCAGUGAGUGAUGGGAUCGAAUGGGACGUUGCCAUGUCCACUGCAUUGGUGCGUUGCUACGGUCGCUGCGGAAAUCCAGAGAAAGCAGUGGCUGUGUUUGAGAAUUUCUCAGGGAACAAGGACGUGGGGAUGUGGACUGCGAUGAUCCUCUGCCUCUCUCAGAACCAAAAGAUCACGGAAGCAAUUCAAGUUUUCCGAGAGAUGGAACAGCAAGGUUUCCGAGCAAGCAGCUUUACGUUGGUUGCUCUCCUUCAGGGAUUGUCGAGCUCUUCGAAGUCUGGGUUUAGCACAGGCAUGAUAAACACGAUCAGCUCGAGAGCCAUGGAGUAUCUGUGUUCUACUGGAGGAGAUGUUUCGACCAGGGACGAUCUAGUUGUUGCUACAGCACUGGUGAAAUGCUUUGGAAGUCACGCGAGAAUCAAUGAAGCUGAGGAGGUGUUUGAGAGAUUUCGACUCUGUAGAUUCGACUUGGUGCUCUGGAAUGCCAUGGUAUGGGCUUAUGCCGAGACCAGCCAUCCUGAAGAAGCUCUGUUCGUGCUGAAAAAGAUGGAUCUGGAAGGUGGUAAGGCUGAUACGUUCACGUUGGCGACUGUUUUAACUGCGUGUGCUACCAGUUGCGAGCAUGCAUUGCUACAAACGAGCUUUCUUCAUGAUCGAGCGACCAGUUUGGGGCUUGGAUCCGAUCCAGUCGUGGUAGCAGCACUUAUCAACUCGUACUCCAAGUCCCAGAGGCUCGGCCUUGCGAGGAGCGCUUUCGAAGGACUACCGACAGACAAACGAGAUGCAGUGGUGUGGAGCUCCAUGAUCAUGGGAUAUGCAAGAUCAGGCCACAUCCAAGACGCUCUGGAGAUCUUCUCCAAGAUGGAUCAUCCGGACAAGAUCACAAUCGCGCAGGUGCUGGAUGCCUACGCGGACCUGGCAUGCCUCAGCCAGUGCAAGGCCGCUCAUCGGGAUUUCGUGUCGCCAAACCAAGAGCUCGAGUCGGAGACAAUGGUGGCGAACGCUCUUGUACACAUGUACGCGAAGUGUGGGAGCCUGGACGAGGCCAGGAGAGUUUUCGACAGGAUGAGUUUGCAGUCCAGGAACAUCGUCUCGUGGACUGCCAUGAUCUCGGCUUACGCCCAGCACGGCCGGAGCUCCGAGUCGAUGGAACUGUUCCAGAGGAUGCAGCAGCGAGGAGUGGAGCCGAAUCAAGUGACUUUCAUCAGUAUCUUGAGCUCUUGCAGCCACUCGGGCUUGAUCGAUCAUGCAGCGUACUGUUUCUACAGCAUGGAGCAAGAUCACAGCUUGGUGGCGUCCCAGAGUCAUCUGGUUCAUAUGGUUGAUCUUCUCGGACGGGCUGGGAUGCUCAAGCACGCACAAGAGAUUGGGGAGUCUAGCUCUUCUCGCAAAAGCGAGGAAUUGCUUCCGUGCGCGAUGGUGGAGAGCUUGCUUGGAGGAUGCUACACGCAAGGAGACCGAGAGAUGGCCUCCAAGAUUGUGGGAAGAGCGCUAGAAUCUCCCUCGGCGAGCACGGACAUUGCGAUCGAUGCGGUGGAGUUUGGGGCCCUUGUGUCGAAAUGUGGGACGCAUGCAAGCGCGGCUGCAAUUCCAUGGCCGCCACUCGCCCACCAGUAUCGGCAAUCCUCUGGUGGACAUGUAUGGCAAGCGCACGACAAGCGCGGGGCAUUCGAUGCCAUCGCCGACAAAAACGUCUUCUCUUGGGGCUUCAAGAUUGCGGCCCAUCCUUGCAGCGAGGAGGUGGAUGAAGCCGGACACAAGGUAGCGUUCGUUAGCCUGGUGUAA